CCUUCCCCUCCUAUAGAUCUCCUCCUCCUCCUCCGCUCUCCGCCCAGCCGGAAUCCAAGCCUACCACCGCUGCCACUGCAAGCUGCAACUCCGUCCUUCCUCUCCGAGCUCGCCGGCGGCGGCGGCGGCAGCGGCAGAGGAAAUGUCUUCCAAUGGCAAGCCCAGCACGCAGGCCCCGGCGCCGGCGGGGAACGGCGCCGGCGGGCCGCCCAAGAUGUACCAGCGUCCGAUAUACCGGCCGCAGGCGCCGGCCAAGCGCCGCCGCGGGAGGUCCUGCCGGUUCAGCUGCUGCUGCUGCUUCUUCUACGCGGUGCUCGUCGUGCUCCUGCUGGCCUUCGUGGCCGCCGUGGCCGGCGGCGCGUUCUACCUGCUGUACCGCCCGCACCGCCCGGCGUUCACGCUCUCCGUGGCGCGCGUCGACAAGCUGAGCCUCUCGUCGUCCGCCACGGCGCCCGCGCUCACCGACUCCAUCGACGUCACGCUCACCGCCAAGAACCCCAACAAGAAGCUCGUCUACCUCUACGACGACUUCGCCGUCACCGCCGCCACCGCCGCCAACGCCGUCCCGCUCGGGGAGGGCUCCGUCCCCGGGUUCGUCCACGAGGCCGGCAACAUCACCGUCAUCAAGGCCACCGUCUCCGCCUCCGCGCUCGCCGUCGACCCCACCACGGCCAGCACCGACAUCAAGAAGUCCGGCGACAUCGCCAUCACUCUCGACCUCGAGACCAAGGCCGGCGUCAAGGUCGGCGGCCUCAAGACCAAGAAAAUCGGCGUCCAGGUGCACUGCGAGGGCAUCAAGGUGGCCACCCCGGCGCCGCCGGCCCCGCCGGCCAAGAAGAAGAAGGGCGUCAAGCUCUCCGUCGCGGACGCCCCGUCCCCGGCCUCCGUCGACGACACGGCCACCACCCCCUCGCCGCCGGCGGCCACCACCGUCGCGCGCGUGUGCCAGGUCAGGAUCCGAGUCAAGAUCUGGAAGUGGACCUUCUAGUGAUGAAGCCGCCAAAAAUCCUAGGGGCCGCAUUGCAAAAUUUUCGGGCGCAAAAAGUUGAAAAAAAAAGUUGCUUUACUUUUUGUUCUUCUUCUUCUUCACGUUGGAGUGUAGUAGAAAUUCAGACCAAAAUCAACCGUCGGCUGCUGUAAAAAAUGUUUUAUGUUUGAAUUUGACGAAAAUUGGCGAGGGAGGGGAGGGAAGAAGCGACCAUCGUCUUCGGAGUGUGAGGCUUGAAUUUUUUUCUUACUAUUUUUUCACUUCUUUUUGUACCACCUUGGUGUUAGUGCAAGUACAAUUUGGGGAUUUGUUAUUUUUAGUAAAUUUGUACUCCAAAUUUAUCUAAACGUGGCAUGCACUAGUAUAUAUUGCCAGAUUCUCUC